AUGGAUAUAUUGAUAUAUGAAAACCCAGACUGGGGCAAACUAACUCCCUCUGCUGGUGGUGUGGCUUCUGGCUUCAGGCACGUGGUUCCCAAUGAAGUAGCUGUCCAGAGGCUUCUUCAGGUCAAAGGCAGGCGAACAGUCCGAGCAACUGAGGUCCCUGUGACCUGGGAGAGCUUCAACACUGGGGACUGUUUCAUCCUUGACCUUGGCAGUGAUAUCUAUCAAUGGUGUGGCUCAAACAGCAACCGCCAAGAACGGCUGAAGGCCACUGUGCUGGCCAAGGGAAUUCGGGACAACGAGCGGAACGGCCGGGCCAAAGUCUAUGUGGUGGAGGAUGGAUCAGAACGGGAAGAAAUGCUUCAGGUUCUGGGACCAAAGCCCAGUUUGCCAGUGGGAGCUUCUGAUGAAACUAAAACUGAUACAGCCAAUAGAAAGCUGGCUAAACUCUAUAAGGUCUCCAAUAGGGCAGGCAACAUGGCAGUCUCUCUGGUGGCAGAUGAGAACCCCUUCUCUCAGACAGCCCUGAAUACAGAUGACUGCUUCAUUCUGGACCAUGGCACAGACGGAAAGAUCUUUGUUUGGAAAGGAAAGAGCGCCAAUUCUGAAGAGAAGAAGGCAGCCCUGAAAACCGCUUCGGAGUUCAUUGAAAAGAUGGGUUAUCCCAAACAUACCCAGGUAAGUAAGUGCAGCCCACCUAUGACCAAUCCCCAAACACCACUAAAGACACUUUUCUACCUCACAGGCCACUUACUCCAGAGCACAGCUACUGUGAAGUGGUCCCUAGCAGUCUUUCAAGCAGCUCCUCUUUUGGGAGAUCUGCUCUCCUGCAGGGUCAUUUUAAACAGUGCAGCUCCUGGGAUAACACUGUCCUUACAGUAG